UCUAUGUCAGUUACGUCGACCGGGCCCGGAAACUCAAGUGGGACCUACUGCCAAGUCGAUGAGAGCGCAUCGGAGAAGGUGUAGUGGAGGCAUGGACUGUAACUGCGUCAGUGAUCUGUUGCUCACCCCCCCUGUCCCUGCCCUCUGGACUCCAGGCAUCGCCUUCCCAGACUGGGCCUACAAGCCUGAGUCGAGCCCCGGCUCGCGACAGAUUCAGCUUUGGCACUUCAUCCUGGAGCUGCUGCAGAAGGAGGAGUACCAGAGUGUGAUUUCCUGGCAGGGGGAAUAUGGAGAGUUUGUCAUCAAGGACCCUGACGAGGUGGCCAAACUGUGGGGCCUCAGGAAAUGCAAACCCCACAUGAACUACGAUAAGUUGAGCAGGGCGCUAAGGUACUACUAUAAUAAGCGYAUUUUGCACAAAACCAAAGGGAAGCGUUUCACCUACAAGUUUAACUUCAGUAAGGUGGUGCUGGUGAACUAUCCUCUGCUGGACAUGGCCAGCUCCCCCUUCCUGCUCCAGAACCACUUCAAUGGGGGCUCCGCCGCGCCCGACUGCAGCCCUCUCACACCCGAGGCCCUGCAGUCACUGUUCCCUCGUUUGCCAGAGUCAGGGAGAGGAACCUCCCUGUUUGAUCGAGUGGCCACAGCCCCGGGACCAGAGGGAGACAAACUGAGACUGGACACAUUCCCAUUCCUCAGCUCAGCCGCUCCCUGUUACUCCAAGCCCCCAUCCCUGUUGGGUCCUUACCCCCGCAACCCCCCCUUCGACUACCCCUGGGGCUUCAAUCCCUACCUCUCAGGGGCCUUCUCCCUCAACAACUGCCCCAARCUGCCCCCCGGCUCCCUCUAYCCCUCCCACUUCUACCCCAACCCGCUGCAGACCAGCCUGGGCCAGCUGCCUCACCCCUUCUCCUCCCUACUCCCCCCGGGRGAGGUGGCAGGAGGGGGRGAGAGRGGAGCAGCRGGCCAGACCGGGGUUACUAACGGCACGGCAGGUGGGCAGCCCAGACUCUGCYUGCCUCCUUACCCUGGUGCUCUGUCGCUGGGCCGGACGGACAUUSKCAACGGRGGCUCUGUGGGUGAGAGGGAGAGAAGGGARWCCAAYACCCCAGGCACGGRGCYUGGGUUGGGGMUAGGGUUAGGGUUAGGGCUGGGUCUGGGAGGGAUGGGUCUUGGUGGUGGUGCUGGGGGGCGACAGAGCCCAUYGGAGCGGCGAGGCGGGGUGAAGCAGGACCCAGAGUCAGACUCAGACCUGGAGAUCACAGAUCUGAGUGACUGCAGCUCAGACAACGAGCCUGACUUCAGCAUCACCAAGGAGACCAGGCUGAGCAUUCGAUCACAUAUCCUGGUGGAGGGGAAGAAAGGGGGAGCACUGCCACCUCUCUCCUCCCUCCCUCCCCCCGUGUCCCCCCAUCCCCUCAAGAGCCUGGUGCCCCUCACCCCUCCCCCUCCCUGA